AUGAGUAACGCGUCCUCCAACGAUUCGAUCGCUCCGGUAGAGCCGGAGCGAAAGACUCCCAAGUUUGUCGUAGGCCUGGACUUUGGGACAACAUACACAUCGGUAGCCUUCGCGCACUCCGAAAGCCAAUCGGAGGUAAAGCUCGUAAACACCUGGCCCGGCGGAAGCAUCGGUAACAAUUCGGCGGAUCAAGUCCCGACCAAACUUGACUACGCACAGAGUCCCAAGAAGAGAUCAUGGGGUUAUCAAGUUUCUGAUGCCGCAACGACUCCGGCGCCUCGUCCGCUGAAGUGGUCCAAGCUCCUGCUGCAAAGGCCGGAUGCCGGCUCUCAAUUGGCGGCGAAGCCAGCACAGCGGUCGAGCGAGAUCCUACAGGAGCUCGGGAUUACGCCUGUGAAGGCCGUCGCAGACUUCCUUGUCCACAUCAGGGAGACAACGUUGGCGUGUAUCAAGAGAACCUACUGGAUGGAGAACGAGGAGGAGUCGAAAGUGGAUGAGCCCGAGUGUGGUGCAACGUAUUCGCUCAAGGCAAUUCAGCCAAACAAUCUCUCGCUAACGCUCGCAAGCGACUUGAUCUCUUACAAGAUCACUGGCACCGAUCCCCUGCGAGUCGAGGAGGUGGUGGCUGGUGCCGGCUGGGGUUCUCUUUGCGGAAGCGUCUUUCACGACCAGCGAUUCGAAGAGUACAUCCGGCGCAUUCUGGGGGACAAAAUGAUUGAUGCUAUGAAGCCCCGGUCGAAAGAAGGCAUGAUGCGUUCCUGGGAGGAAACGGUCAAAUUCAAGUAUGAAAUAUAUGAGCUGAGAUCUCGCAGUGAGGAUGUCAAGGGGAUUUUCGAUCACGUAGUAGAUCGGGUUAUUGCCCUGGUAUCGCGGCAGGUGUCAAAGGUUUGGCAGAAAGGCGAUAGCGUGAAGACAAUCCUCCUCGUUGGAGGCUUCGGUUCCUCUGAGUAUCUGAUGAAGCGCCUCGAAGACAAAUUUGGCAGCCAAAUGAUCGAGGUCUUGCAACCAGUUAAUGCCGCAAUAGCCCGAGGAGCACUACUCCGAGGCUUCGAUGGCUCGAUAGUGAUGUCCCGCCGUGCGCCCCGGUACUACGGCGGCAGCUUUGGUACACCGUUUACCGGCGCAAUGGAGAUGCGACCUCAUACCUACCUGAGCGAGGGGUCCAAGAGUGUGCUGGUCCAUGAAUCGAUGGAGUGGCACGUCGGAAAUAGUCUACCAAGAGCCGCCAUUCAGGGCGCUCUAAUUGAGCCAUCAGGGUGGUCUGAGUAUGGUUGCUAUUUAGAAAUCCUCGCCAACGCGAAGCCGAAUCUCGUCACCAGUUUGAAGCUACACGCCUGUGAUGACGAUCCCCCUGCCUUCAUAUGGCAGAACCCGAGCGCCGUCUAUCAAGUGUGCACGAUGGAAGCAGACCUUAGCAGAAUCCCGCGCAAGAGAAGUAUUACCGCGUACACUUCAAACUUCGAAUGA